UAUCACACAAAGCUGCUCGACACCUUUUUUCAAUCACAAUGCAAAAAUUCUACAUUUUGACAAUAGUGGCGGCCUUAGUCACACUAGCAGUGUGUCAAUUGCCAGCGGAUUUAGAGAAAUUCCAAAAGGCUUGCUUGGACGAAGCGAAAGUCACGGAUGAGCAGAUGAGGCAAUUCUUUCAAAAUGGCGCGAAAGCUAGCGAUGCCACAGAGAAUAUAAAGUGUUUAAUGAAAUGUAUGAUGCAAAAGCAGGGUAUAUGGAAGGAUGGCGUCUUUGAUGCUGAUGCCAAAAUUAAGGAAUUGGUACAACAUCCAAAAUUCAAAGGAAAGGAAGCAGACCUAACAAAAGCUUUAAAUGAUUGCAAGAAUGAGAAAGGCGCAAAUGAAUGUGAUACAGUCUUUAAGAUUAACAUGUGUAUCAAGGAAUUCAUGACACAGAAUAAUCUCUAAGAUUCACGUGUAAYGUGCUUUGUUUAUUUUCUCUGCUCUGGAUUGUUGGUCAAUAAUUUUAAGUAACUUUGGUAUAAUUAUUUGUAAAUAUUUCAAUGUUUUCGACGUUUACAUGUUUUGGUUUUUGGGUA